GCUCCCCAAACAGAGCCCUGGAAUGCCCAAGGCUGCAGCCAUCCCAGCUCCUCCCUGGUGAGGACCCACUCCUGGUGCAGCCAGACAUGGCCCAGGCCUCUCCUUGCCCACAGCCCCUCAGGACAACUCUGUGGGCACUGCUGGCUCUGGACUCUUACCACUUGCUGCUUCUCUAUCCCAGAACCACCAAAAGAGAUUACCCUUUACAGUUCCCUGCAGCAGUUUCUGCUUGGGCUGCUCCCCCUGCCAGGGCACCACUGUCGCCAUCACUGAGAUGACACCUGCAAAGUCCCCAGAGCAGAGGCACCACAGUGAUAUGCCAGAACAUUCCAUUGGAACCUGCUGUCUGUUGGUGCCAGUUGGUCUUUGCCUGCCAGCUGGUGGGACACAGCCAAGCUGUCCAGGGCGAUGGCCAUGGAGCGAGAGUUCUUGUCCCUGCGCUUUCCACAGAAGCUUUGGGAAAUGCUGGAAAGUAGCAAGUUUCAGUCAAUUUGGUGGACUGAAGGAGGAAAAUGUGUGGCCAUCAACAAAGAUCUCUUUGAAGUGGAGGUGCUGGGCAGGGAAGGACAGCAGGUCUUCCACACAAAGAAAAUUAAAAGUUUCAUGCGACAGCUGAAUGCAUAUGGAUUCACCAAAAUGCAGCGGAAUUUCCAAAGAUCUGCCUCCCUGCCCGAAUUCCUGGCAGAGGAAGCAGCAGCUUCUGCUCAUAGCCAGAUCCUCUACUACUAUAACCCCAGCUUCAACAGAGCGCAUCCCUGGCUGUCAGAAACAUGCAAGAGGAGAGGUGUCCUUAAAGGAAGGGGCCUAUAUGCAGAAGAGAUGGAGGAAAGGCCCCUUUAGAAGCUCACAUGGUCAACCCAAGCUUCAUGGAGAGGCAGACCUGGCCUCCACACAGGCGCCUGCUAGAGAGCAGUCAGUGUCCAGUCUGUAGUCUCUGAUUAACAGCGCUGUUCCUAGAUAGAGAUGAGUAGAGUUGGAAGAAAUAGAUUUGAGUUGGUAUUAAACCACUGAAAGAAUAAGCCUUUCUCGGUUGUCCUGUGCUCUUUGCACAACCCCAGCGUGAGUUCCUAUUUGGAACAUUCACAGACCAAGCAGAAGCAACUAUGUCCCACCAGCUGAACCACUUCUUGGAAGUGAGCAGCCCAGCUUCGUAGCCCUAGAGAGCACGGCUUUGUGUUGCUCCCCUGGCUGCGAUCCGGAGACCGCCUCACCAGGCUCGGGAGCCAUUCGGCCCCAGG